AUGAGAGUGCUCGGAGUCAGUGUCCUUGUCGUGGUGCUGUGUGUGUGCAGAGGAGCUCUGGGUGUGCAGGUUAAAGUUGGAGACAGGAGCUUCCCCUUGGAGGCCGUGAAGCAGCUGAAGGAGCUGAUGGAUUUAGACCACACCGUUAACCCUCGCCUCGCUGAGACCAGCGCUGUAGCCAUCUGCACCGACCCUGUCCUGCCGCAGGUCUUUCGGCCAGUGUGUCAAGGGAGAGGAGCGGGCGUUGUUUUCUCCAAACUGGUGUUUAUCAUCACGUCUUCGGAUCCCUGUGAAAUAUGUGCCAACCCCUCCUGUUCUGGGUGUCUGAACUGA